AUGAAAAGCAAUUCCCACUUGAUGCCUCGGUUGCACUGUCCCACCAACAACAUCAAGAUCUGGUGGGCUCCUCCAUCCAUGUUGCAGGACUUUUCUUCUGAGGCUCUCAGCAUCGUUGGGAUGGCGAAUGAUGCGUUGGAGCUUGUGAAGGCGUUGAAGCUGAGCACCAAGCCCAAUGUGUUGAGCAUCUCCAUGGGAUCCUGCGUUGCCCUGGCAGCCGCCGUGCUGCAUGGCUCCUCCUUCGCCAGCUUUGUCAUGAUUGCAGCAAGUGCUGGCAGCCCCAGCUCCCCAGCGGCCACCGCCUGGGCGCAGUCUGUGCUCCUGGACCCAGAGGCAAGGCCCAUGGAUCAGCUGGCCAUCAACUAUCCUCUGGAAUACUCAAGGGCUGCCAAGGCGGCAUGUGACGGGUACUUUCAUUCGGCACCCCUGGGACCUGGACCCUACAACUUCACCACUGGCUCGCGACAUUCCUACGCCCUGGUUGAAUAUGUGAGGCCGGGGAUGGAUGACAGUAAGAAAGUAGGAGUAUAUUGCAUGGACAGGCUGGAAGUGAGCAUACUUGGAGACCUGAUCCAUUGUCAAGGAUUGGGUGGUUAG